CACGUUAAUUUAGCAAAGAAAUAUAAGAAAGAUUAGAAAGAUUUAAUUAAACGCUAAUUAAUCCAAAUUCCAAAAGAAAAGAAAAAUGAUAACUACGUUGUUUAAAUCAGUUUAGAAAAGUAGAUAUCUUAUUAAUCAUAAACCAUUUCAGAUAAAACGUUGAAUACCGAUCGGACCAUAAAGGAUUAACGUAAUCGGAUCUCUCUGGCGUUCACUUCGCUUAAUACCGCUUACACAAUUUCCAUCGACCCGCGGCCGUGCCAAAAUCCAUCGUCUCGCAGAAGGCUUGGAAAUCGUUGCGAAAUCCCUUCGAUCUCCGGCAUCUGCCGCCGAUAUCCCUUCUGCGGAAGAAAAUUCGCAACAGAGCCGAGUGGGAGGAGGUGGAUAAAGCAGCCUCUGCCCAAGUUUACCAACAAACGACAUCGAUAUCGAUAUCGAGAGCAUCGGAACCAUGAGGCGUGGGCCGGUCGUCGUGUUGCUUCUUCUCGUCUGUUGCGGUUCGCUCGAGGCUCGAGGUCGCGACGACACCGGCUUCGUGAACGUUGAAUCGAUGCGUCGAGAUGUCCGCGAAAUGGCGUUCCAGGAUUUGCUCGGUGAGGGGAGCUCGCCGGAAGAACAACAAGUCCCUAAAAAGCGCAUGAGAAAUGCUUCCGGCAAAUCAGACGAGGGAGGAUACUACAAGACAUACGGUAGCGACGCCGAGGGCGAGAAGGGUUACGAGAAGGCAACCUACAGCAAGGGCAAUCAUGGCUAUAAGACCCUCGACACCUUCCACAAGCAGGACGGCGACAAGUACGCAUUCGAGAAGCAUGUAGCCUACGGCAAAGCGCAUGCUGACAAGAAAAGUAGCCACGACGAGGCAACCUCUCGUUCCUGGAAAGCGGGUGAUCACGAGGGUGCAGGCACUAUCGUUGAUACUCAUUAUGCAACCGAUGAGAGUGAUCACGAGGCCGAACCCAACGAUCACAGCAGCUAUACUCACGAAGAUGGCAUUCACUAUACGGAUCAUGAACCAAAAUCUUCAAGUUACGGACACAGUGAAAGCUACACGGACGGAGACGGUGAGCAUGGUUCGUACGAAAGCCACAGCUCUUACUCGAAAAGCUCUGGUGAUGAAUACGGAAACGAUGGAAGCCAUUACUACUAAUCCUUUGCCAAAUGGUUGGUUAAAUCCAGUUAUUUGACCUUCAAUGGAAAAUACGAUAAAAAUAUCUAAUUUGAAAAAUUAAAAGAGUGUUAAUGAAUUAUAUUUUUAUACAUCAACAACUUGAAUGAUACGCAAUGUUUUAUAAUUUAAAAGUUUGAUAAAAUUAAAAUUCUUAAACUUAUUUAA